AGGAAAGAAAAAGGAGAUCCUCUAAACAUUGCAAUUGAUAAGAUGACCAAGAAAACACGAGAUCUAAGGAGACAGCUUCGGAAAGCAGUGAUGGAUCACAUAUCUGACUCUUUCUUGGAAACCAACGUCCCUUUGCUAGUUCUCAUUGAAGCUGCCAAGAGUGGGAAUGAAAAGGAAGUAAAAGAAUAUGCCCAGGUUUUUCGCGAGCACGCCAAUAAGCUGGUGGAGGUUGCCAACUUGGCCUGUUCCAUAUCCAACAAUGAGGAAGGGGUGAAAUUAGUCCGAAUGGCAGCCACUCAAAUUGACAGUCUGUGUCCUCAGGUCAUCAAUGCUGCUCUCACACUGGCAGCUCGGCCACAGAGCAAAGUUGCUCAGGAUAACAUGGAUGUCUUCAAAGACCAGUGGGAGAAGCAGGUCCGAGUCCUGACCGAGGCUGUGGAUGACAUCACCUCAGUGGAUGACUUCCUCUCUGUCUCAGAAAAUCACAUCUUGGAGGAUGUGAACAAGUGUGUGAUAGCCCUCCAAGAGGGGGAUGUGGACACCCUGGACCGGACAGCAGGGGCAAUCAGGGGCCGGGCAGCCCGAGUCAUCCAUAUCAUCAAUGCUGAGAUGGAGAACUAUGAAGCUGGAGUAUAUACUGAGAAAGUGCUGGAAGCUACAAAAUUGCUUUCUGAGACAGUGAUGCCACGCUUUGCUGAACAAGUAGAGGUUGCCAUUGAAGCCCUGAGUGCCAGCGUUCCUCAACCAUUUGAGGAGAAUGAAUUCAUUGAUGCCUCUCGCCUGGUGUAUGAUGGUGUUCGGGACAUCAGAAAAGCUGUGCUGAUGAUCAGGACACCAGAAGAACUGGAGGAUGAUUCUGACUUUGAGCAAGAAGAUUAUGAUGUGCGCAGCCGGACAAGUGUCCAGACUGAGGAUGACCAGCUCAUUGCAGGGCAGAGUGCACGGGCCAUCAUGGCACAACUACCACAGGAGGAGAAGGCAAAAAUAGCUGAGCAGGUGGAGAUCUUCCACCAAGAGAAAAGCAAGCUGGAUGCUGAAGUGGCUAAAUGGGAUGACAGUGGCAAUGACAUCAUUGUGCUGGCCAAGCAGAUGUGCAUGAUCAUGAUGGAGAUGACGGACUUCACAAGAGGCAAAGGCCCAUUGAAAAACACAUCUGAUGUCAUUAAUGCUGCCAAGAAAAUUGCUGAAGCAGGCUCUCGAAUGGACAAAUUAGCCCGUGCUGUGGCUGAUCAGUGUCCUGAUUCAGCAUGUAAGCAAGAUUUAUUAGCUUACCUUCAACGGAUUGCCUUGUAUUGCCACCAGCUGAAUAUCUGCAGCAAAGUGAAAGCAGAAGUGCAGAAUCUGGGAGGAGAGCUCAUAGUAUCAGGGACAGGAGUUCAGAGCACUUUCACUACCUUUUAUGAGGUAGAUUGUGAUGUCAUAGAUGGGGGCAGGGCUAGUCAACUUUCUACCCACCUCCCAACCUGUGCUGAGGGAGCUCCGAUCGGGAGUGGAAGCAGUGAUUCCUCCAUGCUGGACAGUGCCACGUCACUCAUCCAGGCAGCUAAAAAUCUGAUGAAUGCUGUAGUCCUCACGGUGAAAGCAUCUUAUGUGGCUUCGACCAAAUACCAGAAGGUCUAUGGGACAGCAGCUGUAAACUCACCUGUUGUGUCUUGGAAGAUGAAGGCUCCAGAGAAGAAGCCCCUUGUGAAGAGAGAAAAACCUGAAGAAUUCCAGACACGAGUUAGACGGGGUUCUCAGAAGAAACACAUUUCGCCUGUACAGGCUUUAAGUGAAUUCAAAGCAAUGGAUUCCUUCUAGGACGAUAGGCUUCAACCAGAAAGCAUUUUCUUUCUUUUUUCCUUUCAUUUUCUUUUUAAUUCCAUUUUUGUAUGCAUACCUGCCAACUCGUAUGCCUCUGGCAUGGGGAAUUUAAGGGAGCAGUGUCUGUUUGCAUGUAAGAUGAGAUGUGAUCAAUACUACUGAUCCAUCUGUAGCCCAGGAGGGGUCGGGAUUUCUGUCCUGAGGUGGCACAGAACUGUCCUUAGCAAUAUUCUCAUAAAAUUGGGCAAAGAGUUAGCAUCACAAUGUUUAUGGGAGUGGGAGGGAUCGGGGAAAAUAAACUUAAAUCUACAAAAGCAAACACUAAUGCAUGCAAGAAUCAUUAGGUUGGCAGGUAUAAUAAUAAGUGAAAAAUCUGGAAGUGUAAUGGUAGAACAUAAAGCUUGUAUUGCUUCUGUUUCAGUGCAAAAAUGUGCUAGCCAAUGCGCUUAAGUGUGUGGCCCACAAAGUGAACAAUUUAACUUUGAAGUCACAUCCAUGAUAUAUGUGGAUUUUUGAUGGAGGGGAAACCAACUAGUCCAGCCUAAAAUCUUUCCUUUAGUCUACAUUUUGCUUUCUCUUCUAGUCAUGCCAUUACUAGUGUUCAUGUUAAGUUUUUUUCCCCCCCACCAUUUUCUGAAAAAAUAAAUUAACAUUUAUUUUCAACAAUUAUCUUUCUGAUGGCACUGGAACUACAGUAUUCUUUUAUUUUAUGUUUUGUAAUUUGAACUAUGUUUUUUCUAGAAGUAGGAGGCCCAGUGGUGGAAUGUUAGAGCAAUGGAAACUGAUAAUGUAUGAAGGUUUAGAGGCAAACACUAGGUGUAGUUUGGAGUGCUGGUAUCUAAUAUACCAUUGUAUCCACUAACUCGAAAUAAACACAUUUAAUCUUAAUCUCUGAAGAAUGUUUUCUUUGUCUAAAUGCAUACUUAAUAAAAGCGUAAGGAUUCUUCCUGAAAAUUGAUU